CCGCGGCUGGCGUCCGCGGGGGCACGCUGUCCGCCCCCCUCGGCGAUGACCACGGCCGGCGCCCUGGGCGCCGUGCCCGCGGGGACUCCUGUGAGCAGCCUCCACGAGUCCCUGGACCAGUGCAUGACCGCCCUGGACCUCUUCCUCACCAACCAGUUCUCAGAAGCACUCAGCUACCUCAAGCCCAGAACCAAGGAGAGCAUGUACCACUCACUGACGUAUGCCACCAUCCUGGAGAUGCAGGCCAUGAUGACCUUUGACCCCCAGGACAUCCUACUUGCUGGCAACAUGUUGAAGGAGGCCCAGUCGCUCUGUCAGAGGCACCGGAGGAAGUCCUCUGUAACAGAUUCCUUCAGCAGCCUGUUGCACCGCCCCACUAUGGACCAAUUCACAGAAGUGGAAAUCCACGCUGAGGUCUGCUACGCAGAGUGCCUGCUGCAGAGAGCAGCCCUGACCUUCCUGCAGGACGAGAACAUGGUGAGCUUCAUCAAGGGUGGCAUCAAAGUUCGAAACAGCUACCAGACCUACAAGGAGCUAGACAGCCUCGUGCAGUCCUCACAGUACUGCCAGGGAGAGAACCACAGGCACUUUGAAGGAGGAGUGAAGCUCGGUGUGGGAGCCUUCAACCUGACGCUGUCCAUGCUUCCUACCAGGAUCCUGCGGCUGCUAGAGUUCGUGGGGUUUUCAGGAAACAAGGACUACGGGCUGCUGCAGCUGGAGGAGGGGGCAUCGGGGCACAGCUUCCGUGCCGUGCUCUGUGUCAUGCUGCUGCUGUGCUACCACACCUUCCUCACCUUUGUGCUCGGCACUGGGAACGUCAACAUCGCGGAGGCAGAGAAGCUCUUGAGACCCUACCUGAAGCGAUACCCUAAGGGCGCCAUCUUCCUGUUCUUUGCGGGGCGGAUUGAAGCCAUUAAAGGCAAUGUUGACGCGGCCAUCCGGCGGUUCGAGGAGUGCUGCGAGGCCCAGCAGCACUGGAAGCAGUUCCACCACAUGUGCUACUGGGAGCUGAUGUGGUGCUUCACCUACAAGGGCCAGUGGAAGAUGGCCUACUUCUACGCAGACCUGCUCAGCAAGGAGAACUCCUGGUCCAAGGCCACCUACAUCUACAUGAAGGCCGCCUACCUCAGCAUGUUUGGGAAGGAGGACUACAAGCCGUUCGGGGAUGACGAAGUGGAGUUGUUUAGAGCUGUGCCGGGCCUGAAACUCAAGAUUGCUGGGAAAUCUCUACCCACAGAGAAGUUUGCCAUCCGGAAGUCCAGACGCUACCUCUCCCCCAAACCUAUCUCAUUGCCCAUCCCUGCUCUGGAAAUGAUGUACAUUUGGAAUGGCUACGCUGUGAUUGGGAAGCAGUCGGAACUCACAGACGGGAUACUUGAGAUUAUCACCAAGGCUGAAGAGUUGCUGGAAAAGGGCCCAGAGAAUGAGUACUCAGUGGAUGAUGAGUGCUUGGUGAAGCUGCUGAAAGGCCUGUGUCUGAAAUAUCUGGGCCGUGUCCAGGAGGCCGAGGAGAAUUUCAGGAGCAUCUCUGCCAACGAAAAGAGGAUUAAAUAUGACCACUACUUGAUCCCAAAUGCCCUGCUGGAGCUGGCCCUGCUGUUUAUGGAGCAAGGCAGAAAUGAAGAGGCUGUCAAACUCUUGGAAACUGCCAAGCAAAAUUAUAAGAAUUAUUCCAUGGAAUCAAGGACACAUUUUCGAAUCCAGGCAGCCACACUCCAAGCCAAGUCUUCCCUAGAGAAUGGCAACAGAUCCAUGGUUUCAUCAAUGCCCUUGUAGUUUUGUGCAGCAUUCCCAGGCUGGAAGACAGAGUCAGCUGGACAGAGAGCUCCUGGAAACAUUUCAAAAAGAUCCCCUCCCCCUGCCCUGCCGUUGGGGUCCACCGGUGCUCCAGUGCGAUGACACGACAUAGGUAUCUGUGCAGAAGCGACGCUGGCAUUUUCACCAGUGUGGCCAAGGUCCUUUGCCAA